AUGACCGCCAUAGCCUCCCCGAAAGACCGGGUAUGGUCACGACGUGAAAUCGAGGGACUGAUUGCAGAAGGCAGAAAGAUCAUAAUCUUCGAUGGACGGGUGAUCAAAGCUGAUUCAUGGCUACCGUUUCAUCCUGGAGGUGAAAAGGCUGUUCUUCAUAUGAUUGGAAGAGAUGCAACCGACGAGAUUCGAGCCCUGCAUUCCACCGAAGCCCAGAUCUUCAUGCAAAAGUUCGUGAUUGGAAGAAUCGAGGGUAGAUGGGCCAACUUCCUCCCUCCUAUUCAAGGCGGUCAUUUUAGACCAUACCUUCGGGGCCAGGAAGAGCAUGGAAAGGGGGAUUCUCAGACCGAGGUCGCGUCGAGCUCGUCCAGCAGCAGUUCUCCCCCAGAGUCACCGAUCUUUGAUCCAGCCGAUACGCCAGCCAGGCAUCGUUCAGGAGUGUCUUCCGUGUCCUCUCUCUCUGACGCAGAGUCUUUGACUACCAGCCCAGACCCCAUCGAGGCCAAACUGAAUGCCGAGGAAGCCUUGGACCGUCUGAAAUACCCAUCUCUUGACUGGGCUUCGCAAGAUCGGAUAAUUGCCAAAUACCGCGAACUAGAGACCCGUGUUCGUGCCGCCGGUCUGUACGACUGUUCAUACGGCGCGUACGGUAUCGAGUGCUGUCGAUAUACCUUCCUUUUCGUCUCUUUCCUGGUCGCCCUUCACUAUUCACACUAUGCUCUUUCCGCUGCAUUCUUGGGUAUGCUCUGGCACCAGCUUGUCUUUACCGUCCACGAUGCGGGCCAUAUUGGUAUCACGCACAACUUCCAUGUCGACACAUGCAUCGGCAUUUUCAUUGCCGACUUUGUGGGUGGUCUGUCGCUCGGCUGGUGGAAACGAAACCACAAUGUGCACCAUAUCGUCACCAACUCUCCCGAGCACGAUCCUGAUGUCGAAUAUCUUCCAUUCUUCGCCAUCACGACCCGGUUCUUCAGCUCCCUCCGCUCGACCUACUACGAACGUGUUUUCCAUUUCGACGCGCUGUCCAAAUGGACCAUCCCCGUACAACAUUGGUUGUAUUACCCCAUUCUGACUUUUGGCCGCUUCAAUCUGUACCGGUUGUGUUGGGAAUAUCUUUUGUCCGGUAAAGCCCCGAAGAAGGGUCCUGCCUGGUGGCAUCGCUAUCUCGAGAUGGUAGGACAAGUAUUCUUUUGGACCUGGUUUGGCUAUGGCGUACUCUACAAAUCCAUCCCUACAGCCUGGGACCGGUUCGUCUUCGUCAUGAUCUCCCACAUGAUCACUGCCCCUGUACACGUCCAGAUCACACUAUCCCACUUCGCCAUGUCCACCAAUGACCUGGGAGUCGACGAGUCUUUCGCCCAGAAGAUGCUCCGGACCACCAUGGACGUCGACUGUCCUACCUGGCUCGACUUUUUCCACGGCGGCCUGCAGUUCCAAGCCGUGCAUCAUCUAUUCCCACGCAUCCCGAGGCACAAUCUCCGCAAGGCACAGAAAUACGUCAAAGAGUUCUGUGCAGAGACCGGAAUCCCGUAUGUGAUUUACGGCUUCACCGACGGGAACAAAGAGGUCAUCGGCCGGCUUGAGGAAGUAGCUAAACAGGUCAAGGUGUUUGAGGAGUGUAGAAAGGCUUGUGCUCGAGAGUUGGUUGAAGGCCAUGCACAUGCACACUGA